AUGUUGAAGGGUUUCAAAUUGUCAAAGAGGGACAGUAGUUCCAAAGGUAGAAUUACAUCUGCAGACAUUUCCGCACCUACUGCUGAUAAUGGUAAUGUCAUAAAACACAUUAAGACCGUUCCCAUUCGAUCUGCAUCGGCGGCUUCAACCACGUCUAUGAAAACCUCGAAGGAUGGUUUUGCAACUGAAAAAGUUAUCAAGGCAUUGUAUAAUUAUCAGGCACAGUCUCCAAAAGAACUGUCAUUUUCGAAGGGUGAUUUCUUUAUUGUUUUAUCUGAAGACAAGGAGUGGUAUGAUGCAUCCAACCCCAACGAUGGGAGGCGAGGUAUGGUUCCUAAAAGUUACUUUGAAAGCCUAGCGAGGAGUAAAUCCGAAUCCAGCAGCAUGUCACAGAGAAAAUCUUCUUCUUCUGCAGGGUUGAAUUCAAAGAUGGGCUCUCUUUAUGCUAUUGUUCUGUAUGACUUUCAGGCCGAAAAGUCUGAUGAGUUGACUACUUAUGCUGGUGAAAACCUAUUUAUCUGUGCCCAUCAUAAUUAUGAAUGGUUCAUAGCUAAGCCAAUUGGGAGACUGGGAGGCCCUGGGUUGGUCCCAGUGGGAUUCGUCAGCAUCAUUGACAUAAACACCGGUUAUGCAACGGGGAAUGAUGUUAAGGAUGAUAUAACAUCUGUUCAUCUACCCACCGUUCAAGAGUGGAAGGGUAACAUAGCCAAAUAUAAGGCAAGUAACAUUUCUCUGGGAUCCCCUGAGCAGUAUCGGCAGCAGCGUGCCAAUUCGCAUGGCAGUACUCUCCACCAGUAUGCUGGAGAUUACCAUCAAUCUUAUGACGGUGCAGUUGUUUCUCAUGCAGCAGUUGAAUCUUUCUCUUUGGAGGGUGACAAAUAUUGGUUCAAUGUCACUUGCGAACUAUCAGAUGGACGUGCGCGGACGUUGAAGAGGUUUUAUGAGGACUUUUAUGAUUUGCAAGUAAAGCUUCUGGAUGCAUUCCCUGCAGAGGCAGGCAAAAUACGAGAUGGAAAAGGACAGUGGACAGCACGUAUAAUGCCUUAUAUCCCUGGGCCUGUACCGUACGUCACGGAUACCAUUACCAAGAAGAGGAAGGAUGACCUAAAUCUGUAUGUACGCGACCUAAUAGCAUUACCAGUGCAUGUGUCUCAGUGUGAUUUAGUAAGGUCCUUAUUUGGCAUAAGGAACAACAAUUUCGAUAGGGAAUUCACCCCUGAUCCAACUAUGAAAGUGAGUGUAACAAAAAGUGCGUCAGUAAAAACUUCGGAGAGUCUACCCGUAGCGUCAAAGAAAAAUGAGGACUCGACAUUGACAGGUGAAGAUUUGAAAGUAUAUGAAAUGAUGAACGAGUUAUCGAUAAACAAUUCUAAGCCAAAAUCGAGACCUCCGAGUACGCUUCCUCCGCAAGUGAAACCAACUAAAAUCAAAUUCUAUUAUGAGGACGACAUUUUUGCUCUUCUACUGGACUCUAAAACAACAUUUGCCGAAUUGCGGGAAAAAAUUAGUCCUAGGAUUGAUAAUCCAUCCUUCAAACUUUACGUCAAGCUGAGCGAUGGUGUGGGAGAAGAAAUUAAUAGGGACUCACAGGUUUCGCAAGUAAUUCAGGGAAAACUAAAGAUUGCUGUUUUGGACUCAUAA